CGGCGCUGCGGGACGCGGCCCCGCCGGGACGGACGGGCGGGCUCGGCCGGAGCUCCGCCGUACGAAGCGCAGUUUCCGCCGCACCCCGCCUGUACCUUUCCUGUACCCCCGCAGGAAGCAGCCCCGGCCGGGGCCGCGUCCUGGGGCCCCGAAGGUGGUGGGACGCGCCCCGACGGCUGCCGGGCCACCGAGAGCCCGCGGCUGCACAACCACGCGCGGAGCCCUGCCAAAGGCAGCGGGAGCCAAACCUGAAUUACCAGCCCAGAGAGUGGCUGUGGAUCCCGGGAGCUCUUGUGAUUUGCGGCAGGUUUUUCAGGUCCCCGCCUGUCAAACACACGCAGAUACUUAAGCAGUCACCCAAGGACCUGCGGGGUUCUUGUUUGACACGCUUCUGGUCCCUGGCAGCUCCAGUGCCUGGCCCUAUAGCCCUGCCCCAGGAGGAGAUGGCCAUGGAAAAGCCAGUGAUUCCCACUGAGGAGCAGCUGGAGAUCCUGGAGUACCAAUUCUGCAAGGUGAAUAAGCAUCCUGACCCCACCACACUGUGCCUCAUCGCUGCUGAGACCGGGCUCUCCGAGGAGCAGACUCUGAAAUGGUUCAAGCAGCGCCUGGCGGAGUGGAGGAAGUCUGAAGGGCUGCCCUCAGAAAGUGGGUCUGUCAGGGACUAGAGGAUAUUGCUCCAAUCGCCUUGCCUCUUGUAAGCGAUGGUGAAGGUCGUCAGAGUGGGUUUUCUUGGGGUUCUUCUGUUGCAGUAGGUUUUGCGAUACAAAGUAAUACUCUGCUAUUUAACAUAAAUUUUAUUUAACAUGUACAUAACCAGAAAAAAACUAUAUAUGUGUGUGUGUGUGUCUACAACUUUUGAUGGCUGAUAACCUAUCUAGUGAUUCCAACCCAUUAACAGCAGCAGCACAAGAAAAGGCAAUUUCAUGCCCUUGUCCCAGGCUUGCAGAAAAUUUGCCAUGAUAUAUGUUCAAAUAUAGAACGAAAAAAUAAAGAUUCAUUUUCCUUACAAUCCCCAGAGGCAAAGUAUGUGUGCUAGCUUUAAGGUACAGAUCAUACAGCGAGUAAGGCAUCUGGAAAACCACAUGUGUUGUUCAGGUGAUCUGGUUUGGCACAACAUGUCUGAAUCAGCUCUACAUACUGGCAAACCAACUGCCUACACCAUAAUCAGACCAAACCAAGCACCCCUUGAAUGCCUUUUUUACCUUUCUGUUAGAGGUCACCAAAGAGAAAGAACUUGUGGGUUGUUCUGGGCUUCUCCCCAGUGCAGUAAUAAAAACCCAACUUUUUUGAUGAGAGAAGGUGUGUUAUGUCCCUGCUUGUGCUCCCUGCCCCCAUGACAGGAGGCUGACUCCGUCCUAUGGAAGGGCAACAUUUCUCCCAGGCAGCUUCAGUGGGCACAGUGGGUUUCCCCUUUGCCACAGGGACAGCCAUGGGCAGCCGUGGCUCCUUGCACGGCAGCUCACACAGCCCCACGUACCUCCUAAUCUACAGGGUGGCACAGGCUGAUGGUGCUGGGGUUCCUCCACAGCAUGGGGGCUUUAGGGGGAGACUCCAGUCUCCUCCUGGCCAUUCUCAGGCCUGAGGAAUGCAGUUGCACUGGGGCUCUUGCACUCAGUCCAAACCCUCAUCCGUCCUGGCACAGGACAUCGCCUGGUCUAAAAAUAACCAGCACAAUUGCCCAGUGACCUUACCUUGUUCAAAAGGCUUCAGAAGUCUUCUGCUUAGUGGAUUACUGAAUCAAUUAAUGGAUGCUCUGAUUAAUCCCCUUCUGGUCUGUGGUCGCCUGUGUCUACUCCUUUGGAAGGAGAAUCAGCUUAACACACGAAAGAUUAAAAUACAUUGGCUCUGAAA